ACCGAUCUCUGCGCUGCACUGUCUCUUUAAGCAGCUGAUUCGGGAGCCUGAGCUCGCGUUCAGCUCGGCGCCUCGCCUCGCGCUCCACUCGGCUCUACUUCACUCGCACAGGCGCCUCCUUCGGACAGCCUCUCCGGCAUCUCACUCAAGCAGAGACCCUCCGGGGCGCCGCCGCCGCCGCCCGUCUCUCCCUGCCCCCUCCCUCGCCAGCCCGCUUCAACAGGCGUCAUGGACCAUGGCCCCAAAGAAGGAGACUCUGCCGCGGCAGCUGCAGGGGACGCCGCUCGCGGGGCUGCCUCUUCCGCGGGCGGUGUGGUCGUACAAGUGCGGGAGAAAAAGGGACCCCUACGCGCUGCCAUCCCGUACAUGCCCUUCCCCGUGGCCGUCAUCUGCUUGUUCCUCAACACCUUCGUGCCCGGGCUAGGGACAUUUGUUUCGGCCUUCACGGUGCUAUGUGGAGCCCGGACUGACCUCCCCGACAGGCACAUUUGCUGUGUGUUCUGGUUGAACAUUGCAGCAGCUCUGAUUCAAAUCCUCACAGCGAUUGUGAUGGUUGGCUGGAUCAUGAGUAUAUUUUGGGGAAUGGACAUGGUCAUUCUUGCCACGGAGCGGAGGUGCAGAGCAGCAGAGAGUGACCUUCACUGAUCGCUUUGGACAGCCAACUCCACUGUGAAGGCACUGCCACAUGGAUUUUUGGACUGGCAUAGCCAACUCUCCAGCGUGACAGGCAAGCUGUUCCAAAAAUGGAAGGGGAGCUACUGGCUGGGCUGGUAUGUCACUAAGGAGGAUGGCAAUUGAGCAGACAUCAAAGGAAAGGGACCUGCUAGCUUAGAGAUGUUACUGUUUUCUCUAUCUGCAAGUACGGAACACUUGGAAAUGUUUCAUCUCCUUUAUGACUUGCUGAGGAAACAGCCCUGAUGUGAAUAUCAAAGAAGCAAAGGAAAUAUUUAUAGAUACAUGUACAAAAUGUAAAAUCAAAAGGUUGAUGGGAAAGCCUGUUUCCCAAGAGACAUCCCCUGAGAAUUUCUUGGGUGCAGGAUGGUUCAAGUUGUAGCCUUUCCUGCUCUCUCUUUGUCUGUGCACGCGUAUGUGGUUUUUAAUGAGGCUCAUUGACAAUCAGUUUUCUGCCGCCAUCCUGAGAUUUUGCUUGCUGCUUUUGUAAAUUCUUUGUCAUUGCUAAGGUAAUUCAGGCUCAGCUAUUUAUGCAUUCUGCCUUCUUCUGCCUGCUGAACGCUGAAAAGAAGUUUUGAUCUGUCGUCAACCAGGACUCAAGGAGCUGACUCGUGCCAAGAUCCAUCAUCACUCCAUGGUUUUGUGAGGGUGCUUUGUUCUUGGGUGGGAGUCGGAGGGCAGUUUUUAAGUUAUUCUAAUACAGAGUCUCAGUCUCAAUUGUGUUUCAUGGGGAGUAUUUCAUUUCUAAUAUGGAGUCUCAGUCUCAGCUGCACUUCAUGGGGAGCGGGGAAAGAGAGAGCUCCCCUUAUCGCUCCCUGAAGAGACUGUGCCACUAAAUGUCACUGUACUUUGGAAAUGUGUAUAUACAACAGAUUGUAUUUUGUAGCCUGUGUGCAGUAAAGCUGUGGCUUCUGUCUCCUUCCUAGCUCAUGUGCCCACAUGCUCAGCUGUAGGCACAACACCUUAACCCUCCUAGGGUGCACACAGAUAGUAUUUCAUCUAUGCUAAAGGUUAAAUAGGGCAUAAGAAUCAACCAUGUAUCUCAACCUUCCAUUAGCUGUUCCUGUAGGGCCAAGAUGGGUAUGCCCCGUUGUUUCCAAUGAGAAAAGGAAAUUAAAUUUAUUGUCUCCUUAACUCUUUGAACAAAUGCCCUCGUUAUUUAGACUUUCUUGGGCACUUUUGCUCCUCAAGCAUCUCUGGCUGGGGUUUAUCAAAACCCCUGAUCUCUGAUUCAUAAUCCAUCUUGAAAUCAGUGUGGUUUAGUAGACAAUGUGAUGGAUUGCACUGGGGAGACCUGGGUUCAAAUAAAGGUCGCUGGGUGGACUUAGGCCAAUCGCACUUGGGUUGUUGUAAGAUAGAGGCAGGAUGGUGUGUGUGUGUGUGUGUUUGUAAACCAUGAAUGCCCCCUGAACCUUUGGAGGAAGGAAAAAAUAAGCAUGUAAUUCAUUAAGUGGAUCCAUUUUUUUUCUAUGUGUUUUUCUUUAUGAAAAUUAUUAAAUGAAAGGCUGUUCAUUAAUAUGGUGUUAACUGAGACUCUUUCCUGCUGGUGGGGAAGUACUAUGCUUUCAGCAGCUGGAAAUCACCAAUGGCUAUAAGGAAAGAUUAAGCCAGAGUUGUCAGAAUUCUGUGACUGCUCAGCUGUGACACCUCUUGGCCACACACAAGCCAACCAACAAGGCCUACUUCUAAUUGCCUUUCUCUCCAACUGUAAUUUGGGCAACUGCUCUUGUAGUCAAAAGAUCUUGCCCUUGUCAUACUAAAUAAGCAAUUCAUUUGCUACUAAACAAUGUGUCAAUAGGUGUAUCUUAGAAAUGUAGGUGAGAGUUAGAUAAUGGAAUAAAUGAAUUUGAAGGAUUCAGGACUCUACCAUUUUACAAUCUAAAAAUUAGACCAAUUCAAAUAUUGAACACUGCUCUAUAUAGAAGUUUUAAUGUUUAAAAUCCACUUACCACAUGGAUGGCCUUGAAUGCCAGUACAUUCUCGGUACCUACGUCAACUGGGAAUGGUGUGAAGACCUGCCACACAAGUAAGGGCACCUAUUUGUAUUUUUUGUAUAAUUGCUUUUAUUGCUGUGUCCAUGAAGAAAGCCAUGUUAGUCUGUUGCAGCAAAAAUGACAGCAUUUUAGCACAUUUAGUAUAGUAUACAUUUUGGGGGACUAGACUCCACUUCAUCUAAUACAUUCAGUUGAUGAAGUAGACCAGCCUUCGCUCACCUGGUGCCCUCAAGAUGUUUUGGUCAACUUCCAUUAGCUACAGCCAGCACAGCCCGGUUGGAGCUGAUACUAGUUGUAAUCCAAGCCAUUUAGACACCAGGUUGAUGAAGGCUGAAGUAGAUUCUAGUACAUGAAAGCUUUAUGCCACAAUAAAUGUGUUUCA